CAACACAACACACGCAUCCAAAUCUCUCUCUCUCUCUCUCUCUCUCUCCCUCUCUCUGCACACACACAUUGUCCCUUAAGCAUGUCUGAACAGCUUCCACCCCACCCAGCCCCCAUAGCGGAACAGAUAAGUCACCGGCACCAGCAGCGGCACCACACAGCAGUAGUACAUGUCCUCGCGCAUCAACUCAAGGACCCUCUCCACAUAGGGGCCACAAGCAUUCCCGUAAUGGGACAAGGACGGCACAGGCAGGAGCUUGGACAGCACCAGCCAGUAGCUCAUCACGCACAGCCACAGGAAGCCGCCUGACACACAGAGAGAGAAAGAAAGAGAGAGUCAUCAGUCCAGCUGAAGGUGAAAAUGUCUGCGUGUUUAUAAUAAGUCACACACAUACCGAUGACGUAUGUGAGUCCGUGGCAGAAGAGUCCCCAGUCGACAGACACGGGAAGAGCAUCGUCAGAGCGGGGGGUCUCCAUUCUGAUGAAUCAAGAGCGAGAUCUGACCACAGAUCCAUUCGACCUGCUGCUCGUCGACGUACCCUCAAGCAUGCCCAGGCCCCUCAAAGGGGGCAUCCGGU